AACUGCAUAAACACAGAGCUGAAAACUUGCACGGCUUGAGGAGUGGAUACAAAAGAAACUGGAGCUUGCAUGAAGGAUCACAUUGUUUCUUUGCACCGAUUCACGCCUAACGGAAUUUAUAUCAAUCUGAGACGGCGCGGGCUGUGAUAUUUCUCUGAUUCGGCUUCAGGAUGAUGAAGUUUAGGUUCAGACGGCAGGGAAACGACCCUCAUCGUGAGAAAAUCAAACAGGAUCUGUUUGCAUUCAAUAAGACAGCUGAACAUGGAUUCCCAAACCAGCCAAGUGCUUUGGCCUAUGAUCCCAAACUGCAGCUUAUGGCCAUUGGAACUAAAUCAGGGGCCAUCAAAAUAUAUGGGGCUCCUGGGGUCGAGAUGACUGGACUUCAUAAAGACACUGCUGCCGUCACUCAGAUACACUUUCUCUAUGGACAGGGGAGGAUACUUUCUUUGUUGGAUGAUAACACCAUUCACCUAUGGGAGAUUGUGCAAAGAGAAAACCGGUCACAUUUGGUGGAGUUUCACAGCUUCAACCUGCCUGGCAGGCCAGGCAUCGAGAGCACCAGUGCGACACGUGUGACCGUCAUGCUGUUGAAGCUGAGCUGUGAUCUUCUUGCUCUGGGCACUGAAGGUGGUGGGGUGCACUUCCUGGAACUGCCCAGCCUCACCUUUCUGAACAAGUCGCUGUUCCAGGAUGAGAUCAUGCAGAGCGUUCCAGAGGAGUACAAGUGUGGAAAAUCAUUGGGGCCUGUGGAGUCCCUGCAGGAACAUCCACAAGACUCUGAUAAAAUCCUCAUUGGUUACAGCAGAGGUCUGGUUGUACUCUGGGACCUCAACAGUCGGCAUGUAGACAGCCUCUUCCUGGGAAAGCAGCAGCUGGAGAGUUUGGUCUGGGAACGGUCUGGGAACAGCUUUGUUAGUUCCCAUAGUGAUGGCGGAUACAUGGUGUGGGCUGUCAGCAGCAGCAAUCCCUGCACUCAUGACCCCAUCUCAUCCACUAUACCAUAUGGCCCCUUUCCCUGCAAAGCCGUGAACAAGAUCCUGUGGAGGACAACAGAAUCAGGAGCUCCUCUAGUGCUGUUCAGUGGCGGUAUGCCCAGAGCCAGCUAUGGAGACAGACACUGCUUAACCAUCCUCCAGGACAGCAGCCACGUCACCCUUGAUUUCACCUCGCGUGUCAUAGACUUCUUCACCAUUCACUGCACAGACAACAAUAAGGAAUUUGAUGACCCAUCAGCGCUUGUGGUUCUUUUGGAAGAGGAGUUGGUAGUGAUUGAUCUUCAGAUGGCUGGCUGGCCCACUGUCCCUGCUCCCUAUCUGGCUCCUCUGCACUCCUCUGCCAUCACCUGUUCAUGUCACAUCUCAAAUGUGCCUCCCAAACUGUGGGAGAGAGUGAUCAGUGCGGGUCAGCAGCAGUGUCCUCUGCAGAACUAUGAGAAUUGGCCAAUAUGUGGAGGGAAAAACUUAGCACAUGAUCCAAACCAGAAAGAACUGCUGUUAACUGGUCAUGAGGAUGGUACGGUGCGUUUCUGGGAUGCGUCAGGAGUGUCGCUCAAACCGCUGUACAAACUGAGCACAGCCAACAUCUUUCAGACAGACUGCGACCACAACGACAGCCUGACACAGGCCGGGGAGGAGGAAUGGCCUCCUUUCAGAAAGGUGGGCUGUUUUGACCCAUACAGUGAUGAUCCUAGACUAGGAAUCCAGAAGAUCAGCCUCUGUAAAUACAGCGGAAAACUGGUGGUGGCUGGAACUGCUGGACAAGUUAUAGUUAUGGUUCUUAGCGAUGAGAAGUCCGAUCACAUGAUUGACGUGGCCACGGUGGACCUGCUCCAGGACCGAGAGGGUUUCACGUGGAAGGGUCAUGACAGGCUGCCUCCUAAGAGUGGCUCAGUAGUGUUUGCUCCUGGAUUCCAGCCGGUUGUCCUGGUGCAGUGCAUGCCCCCCGCGGCUGUUACUGCAGUAACCCUGCACGCAGAGUGGAACCUCAUUGCCUUUGGCACCAGUCAUGGCUUUGGCCUCUUUGACUACCAUCGGCGAAGUCCAGUGCUGGCUAGGUGCACUCUACACCCCAAUGACUCUCUGGCUAUGGAGGGCCCGCUGUCUCGAGUGAAGUCUCUGAAGAAAUCCCUGCGCCAGUCUUUCAGGAGAAUCCGGAAGAGCAGAGUCUCAGGAAAGAAACGUGCUGUGGUCAAUAGUCCCACCAGUAAAGUGCAGGAGGCCAAUGCUCAGUUGGCGGAGCACGAUGCUGAGGUGACGCCAGUGCAGAGACGGAUUGAGCCCCGCUCUGCAGACGACUCGCUGUCUGGAGUGGUGCGCUGCCUCUGCUUCGCCGACACUUUCCUCAGAGAUGGAACGCAUCACGGACCUACAAUGUGGGCCGGCACGAACUCUGGCUCAGUGUACGCAUACGCUCUGGACGUACCCUCGCAGGAGAAGUUCUCUGAGCAGAGCGUGGAGGCCCUGCUGGGGAAGGAGAUCCAGCUCAUGCACAGAGCUCCAGUGGUGUCCAUCGCUGUGCUGGAUGGACGAGGGAACCCUCUGCCGGAGCCGUACGAAGUCUCCAGAGAUCUGGCCAAAGCCCCAGACAUGCAGGGCAGCCACUCUGUUCUUAUUGCUUCUGAGGAGCAGUUUAAGGUUUUCAUGCUGCCUAAAGUAAGCGCGAAGACCAAGUUCAAGUUGACCGCCCAUGAAGGUUGUCGAGUACGAAAGGUGGCGCUGUCGAACUUCACCAGCAUUAGCUCUGAAGAUUACUCUGAGAACGCUCUAGUGUGCCUUACCAAUCUGGGUGACAUCCAUGUGUUCAGUGUGCCAGCACUGAGACCGCAAGUACGCUACGACUGCAUCCGCAAAGAAGACAUCAGUGGCAUUGCUUCCUGUGUGUUCACUAAGACUGGACAAGGGUUCUACCUGAUUUCACCCUCGGAGUAUGAGCGCUUCUCGCUGUCGGCUCGUGUGAUCACAGAGCCGCUGUGUCGAGUGGAUGUGGAGCGACCUCACGAUCUCUCCGCUCACAGCGGUUCCAGCACGACGCUCCCACCACAGGCUAAUGGAACACACAAGACACAAGCAGAGAGCAAGUCUGAAGGGUUCUUGGAUGAAAUGCGGAGCGCCUUGUCCUCGCCCGUCCUGGAUUCUCCAAACAGCAGUGCUGACUUCACUCUGGACACCACAGGCGAGCUCACCGUUGAGGAUGUCAAAGACUUCUUAAUGACUGUGGAUGAAGCUGAGAAUAACUACAGGAACAUGACUGAAGAGGAUGGGAGGCCUCCUGGAAUUCUCAUCAACUGAGGCGAGCCGGCAGACAGCUGGAGGAGCAGUUAUUGGUGAAGACUCAUCAGCUGAACUCGUUACUUCUAAUUGGAUCUUGACAGAGCGGUUUGUGACUCCGGAAGUUGCACCAAACCUUGUUCGUGAAGUUUUUACAAUGGGAAUGUUGCACUUUUUCCCCUGUGCCAAAAGACUGAAUGAUUCAUUCUAUUAUUUUUUUUUCUUCUUCAGCUUUCCUCCAGUUUUCUUUUUUUUUUUUUUUUUUUUUUUUUACUCCGACAACCGUUGGUUCCUUUUGAAGGGCCAUAAAAUGGUACAUUUGAGAGGUGACUUUAAAAGGGAUCAGGCAAUAAAACAGCCAAGAUGUUGCACAAUGUCUGUAUGCAGGUAGGGGGCUACUUGCACUGAGCCCAUGAAGCUUUUCUUUGUUUGUCUUUUAACAUUCCUCUUUUGUCACGUCACCUCUCCUCUCACUGUGUGCCAUUUAGUUUAUGCUAAAUCAAAACUCCUAUAUUUAGAAUACAUAGCUGCUACAGUUCAUGAAUCUCUAAGGGUAUUUUGGGGCGACCAACUGCACAACAGAAAAUAACUAUUGAAGCGUAAUUAUGGAAAAAAAAAAAUAUAUAUAUAUAGUGCCCUGCUCAUUUAUGAAGUUAUGUUCUUUCUGUAUGAAGUGUUUGCUUGUUUCCUCCUGACAGCCUUUUCAACAAUAUCUAUGAUACUGUGAUGGUUUCUGACCUCAAAUCAGGAGUCUAUUGAAAAGUUCAAGUUAUGGACCCUGUGGGUUUGAUAAGAGAUAUUUUCCUCUCAUUCAGUCGUCUUUAUUAUUAUUUUUAAAUAAUGUCCCUUAACCACUUGCCAUUGUAAGUAAUUCUGGCAGUUAACUGUGAAGUGUGUCAUUUAAAGGAACAUGGUAUGUAACCUUUAAAUAUUCGCCGCAGUAAUUCUAACCAGUUUUUGGCACAGUAUUAACACGGUAUGAAGGAGCUAACGACUUUUUCUAUUUACACAGUAUUCUUUAGAAUAAUUUUAUAUGGCUUAUAAGGGUUGGUAUUUUGUAUUUUAUAGAUAUUUCACUGGCAUUUAGGUAACUAGGCAUUUCUAACACUGCAUUUUGUGGGGCAAUUAUCAACAGUUGUGUAGUAUUACAAGAAAUUACUAUACUAUAGGCAUUAGUGUAGCUAAUCGAGGGAGAGUCAUUGAGGGAAUAGGACAAGUGUUGCACAGACAUAUUUGAAUAAGACACAACUGGCUCCUUGGGUCAGAUGAUGCAGAUGUUAGUCAGUGUGCUUUUAGAAGUAAAGUAUGACUUUUAAAGUGAAAGGCUCUAUUUACAAUGUAAUUACAAAGAAAACUGCACAUAAAUACUUUGCUUGGUAUUGACGCAUUGUCACAUUUUCUGUUCUUUUUUUUUUUUAUUGGUUAUAUGUCAAAGGGACCUCACUAAUUGUAGUUUAAUUUUUGUUUGUAUAUUUGCCUUGCAUAACCUUUACUUUCCAUCCAGCACCUAUCCUGUGAACAUGUAUUUAAUUUUUAUUUUCUUUUGUGUAGAAUUUUAAUUUGAGAUAUAGCAAUGCUAAUGAAAUCUUGAAUGUUAAUAAAGUAUUUAC